AUGCCGUUUCCAUUACCUCUCAAAGCAGAGAAUGUAUUUAGUACGUUUGAUCCGAACUUCAUGCCUGGACAGGCAAGUGAAUACCUCCGCGGAAUGAAAAUGUGGCCUGAUGCACAAUGUACUUGGGAGAUAACGUGGCACAGGUAUGGAGGGUACAUUCCAAAAUUACAAAGUCGGUUAGGGGAGACCUAUGGAAAUGCUGCUCUUGGACUACUGUCAUAUGAACCUGGGCAGCCCAAGUCACCACGUUUAACUCUGACCCAAACAAAACCACUGUUCAAUCCACAGAUCCCGAGGCACUUGCUGAAUAGGACCUACGGCCAUCCAGAAAUUACCACAUAUGCGGGACAUGUGCAGAAUACAAACAUUAAAAACGGCUACUUCUAUCCAAGAGAUGGCAAAUAUCAUUUUGCUCUAAAGAAUUGUGUAUACGACAACAAUCCUGAAGCAACAUCUGCCAUUCAGACGAUAGAAGAACUGAAGCAACAUGAAAUGAUGGCAUGCAAAAGGAGCGAUCUAAUUGCACCAAAUACGUCAUCAAGGCCUCCAUCUGCCAUUCCACCAGGUGAAAUUAGACCACCGGAUUGCUGUACUUUCAUCCCCAUGAUAUGUGAACUGCCUUUUGACUCUUGUUGCCCAAGAGGGAUGAAUGUGUUCCAAAUGCCAGAUCAAAAUCCAAUGGAGCAGAAUAGCAGGAUAAUUUAUAGACAUGAGUCCUCACUCCAUCCCACAUAUAAUGGUUUUAUUCCAGGUCAGCAGUUUUCGAUUGGAAAGAGCUGGGGACGCAGUACUUUUAAUGCUCUGGGCAUUGGUGAGAAGAAACCGCAGCCACUGUGCCCCACUUGAUUUGGAAAUGAGUUAUCUAAAUGGCUGAAUUCAGGGCUAUUUUGACAUUUAUGAGAACAUCAUAAAAAUUUGAGUGUUGGCAGGCUAAUCUGAUCACCCAAAAAUCAAUCGCUAAGUUGAUUAUGUUCACUGAAU